AUGGCAGGCCACGUCCCUCCAUGUGCUCUGCCUGCGGCAACGGCACGGUCACCUCCCUCCAUGUGCUCUGCCUGCGGCAGAGCCACGGUCGGAUUAGCCUGCACCACUCACUGCUGCUGCACGUCCAGAUACCACCUCCCCCAGGCAAGUGAUGCCACCUCCCUCACAGAUAACACCUCCAUCAGUCUUGACCAGAUGCCACCUCCGAUAGGCGGCUUUGCUAUUUCAUCUGCCCUUGCCCCUUUUCACUGGCGCCAUUGUCACUCACUCUUCCCCCUCGCAGCUGAUUGGCUGGACCCUCUCACAGCAACUGCCACAUGUCCAUCCGCCACUGGCUGGGAACUGAACGCCAAAGGGAGAACUGGAGCUCGGUGUGCUGACCUGGCGCUGCUGAUGGAUCCUGCCAGGCUGGCAGACGAGGCGGCAUCGCUCAACCUGAAGCUGAUGAGGUGGCGCGUGCUGCCACAGCUGCAGGCAUGGGGCAUCCGCGACAUUACCCUCGUGGACUACGGGGCGUUUUCGUAUUCUAACCCUGUGCGGCAGUGCCUCUUCUCUGUCAAGCACUGCCUGAAUGGCGGCAUGCCAAAGGCGCAGGCAGCAGCAGACGCACUCAAGGAAAUACUUCCUACUGCCGCUGACGUGGCAGCCCUGCUGGCACUAAUCCGCCAAUCAGACGCCGUCUUCCUUCUCACCGACACGCGGGAGAGCCGCUGGCUGCCCACGCUGCUGUGCGCUGCUGAGGGGAAGGUGGCCAUUAAUGCGGCUCUCGGCUUCGACUCCUUCCUUGUCAUGCGCCACGGGGCACCGCCGCUGCCUCUGCAUGCCACGUCAGCACCAGCAUCCUCUGAGUCAGCACCAGCAGCGUCUGAGUCAGUACCAGCAGCAUCUGAGUCAGCGCCAUCCAAGCGCCUUGGCUGCUACUUCUGCAACGAUGUUGUUGCUCCCCUCAAUGGGAGCUGCCCUCCCCUCGUGUCCUUUGCACUGUUGCCCCUCUAUAUCAACCUCUCCGCCAUUUCCUCUGCACCUCACCUAACCCUACCCCAACCUCUUGCACUGUUGCUUCCCGUGCCCAUCUUCCCGUCCACCACAGCAAUUACUUCUCUACCCAUUCCCGUAUUUCCGUCCCCGCCAGUCCACGGCUCAUCGCACGCUAGAGCAGCAGUGCACAGUCACCCGCCCUGGCCUGGCAACCAUAGCGGGCGCUCUGGCAGUGGAAUUAUUGGUGGGGCUGCUGCACCACCCGCUUGGGAGCAGGUGGUGACCUGGCAGGCAGCCACAGCGGGGGCUCUGGCAGUGGAGCUGUUAGUGGGGCUGUUACACCACCCGCUGGGUCCUCCCGUCUCCCCUUCCUUACUCAAAUCGCCGAACCAGCUGAAGGACACCAGUGCUGAUGGAAUCUCAUCUUCCUCCUCUGCCGCCUCCUCCACUUCCACCUCUGCCCAUCUCUCCUCACCGCUCUCGGCCCACUGCCCCACCAGCUGCGUUGCUUCCUCUCCUCCUUCUCCCACCUUCCCAUCAGAGUGUUAA